AUGGGCCGUCCACCCGCAAAAGAAACAAUCCAAAGGCUCGUAAAAUCAACAUGGGACUAUGUAUCCCCUCUAACCCCCGCCACCUCCCGUCCACUUCAUGAUUUUUAUAACAGCCUUGAUAUCCUAGAUAGUAGCGCCGAUAUUACGACAACCCCACGCCAAUCUGAAGAAAGUAUUGAAGAUGAUAUGAUAAUUGUAACAAUCACUACUUCGAGAGCUAUUGAGAAAAAACUAGUGCCCGAGGGGACAAAGUUUACUUACGGUGAUAUGGUUUUGAGGUCGUAUGCACCCAAGGAUAGGGAUUUAGCAGAGGUUGUAGAGGAGUGGAGGAAAGUUGGAGAUGUGAUUGUUAGGAAGGUUGGGGGUAGGGAAGAGGAGGAGGAGAAGUUUGGAUACUCUGGGUGA